AUGACGACCUUCCAAGAAGUCAACGGCACAGCCGUAUAUAGUGACUUGAAGGGAAAGGUUUUUGUCAUUACUGGUGCAGCCUCCGGCAUGGGCCGAACAACCGCUCUAAUGCUUGCCCAACAAGGUGCUCAUGUUGGUCUUUUGGACUUACAUAAGCCCGACGCAGUCCUAGCUGAGGUCGAACAGCUCGGUGGACAAGGAAUUUCCAUUCAAUGCAAUGUCCAAAAAGCCGACAUUGUUAAUGCUGCGGUCAAGGCAGUAGCAGAGCGUUUCGGCAGACUGGAUGGCGCAGCAAACAUGGCUGGUUAUGUUGGCAAUCAGGGCUUUUUUGGGAAGGGUUACGCUCUUGAUGUGCUGAACGACAACGAUUGGGACGAUAUGCUGGCAACUAACCUGAAUGGAGUCAAGAACUCCAUCCGAGCUGAGCUUAAUCAAAUGAAAGGUCAUGGAUCCAUUGUGAAUGCGGCCAGCAUUGCAGGCCAAUAUGGUCCCGAGUUCAAUGCACCAUACUCUGUUGCCAAGUGGGGGGUCAUUGGUCUGACCAAGUGUCUAGCACGCGAGGUCGGUGCAAGAGGUAUCCGAGCAAAUGCUCUUGCUCCAGGUAUUAUUCGCACAGCUCUUGCUGAUCAGCUGGGAAAUCCCGACCAAGUGAAUGAGAUCUUGGUGAAGAAAACCGCUCUCAAACGUAUUGCCGAGCCCGAAGAGGUGUCUAGGGUUAUCUUGUUCUUGUUUAGCGAUCAAUCAGCUUACAUCACCGGAAGCGUUAUUAAUGUUGAUGGGGCGAUUGAAAAAGGCUGUUAA